UCUCACCAACUUUUUUAAUUUUUAUCUCUUCUCCAUCACCCACAAACCACGAUUUUGGCCCUGCAUUUUAGUCUCCAAAUCCAGUCGUAAAACUUAAUUUCAAUGGGAAACGGUGAUUUUAUGUACCCUUCCUCCAGUGAUCGCCAAUGCGUCACUCAUCGAGUGGCGAUUCCUCCUCCGCAACCAUUCUUCAUGUCAUUCAAGAAUUCUCUCAAGGAAACGUUUUUCCCCGACGACCCGCUUCGUCAAUUCAAGAACAAAACGCCAUCCCGGAGAUUCAUACUCGGCCUCCAAUAUUUCUUGCCCAUUCUUGAAUGGGCUCCUCGUUACAGCUUCCAGUUCUUGAAAUCUGAUCUCGUUGCUGGGAUCACCAUCGCAAGCCUUGCUAUCCCUCAGGGUAUAAGCUAUGCCAAGCUUGCUAACUUGCCACCCAUUCUCGGCCUUUAUUCAAGCUUUAUUCCACCGCUGGUUUAUGCGAUGAUGGGGAGCUCGAGAGAUUUGGCGGUGGGGACCGUGGCUGUUGCCUCACUUCUAACAGCUUCUAUGUUGGGGCAGGAAGUGAAUGCUGCUCAGAAUCCCACGCUUUUCCUCCACCUUGCUUUCACUGCAACUUUUUUUGCAGGAAUUUUACAAGCUUCGUUAGGCCUUUUACGGCUAGGGUUUAUCGUGGAUUUUCUUUCACAUGCGACGAUAGUAGGGUUCAUGGCAGGGGCAGCCACUGUAGUAAUCUUACAACAGUUAAAAGGAAUUCUAGGACUUGAUCACUUCACUCAUUCUACAGACAUUAUCUCUGUCUUGCACUCUGUUUUCAGCCAAAUUCAUCAGUGGAGAUGGGAGAGUGGUGUUUUGGGUGUUGGUUUCCUUUUCUUUCUCCUCGUCACCAGAUAUUUCAGCAAGAGACGACCCAAGUUCUUUUGGAUAUCAGCAAUGGCGCCUUUGACAUCAGUCAUCCUUGGAAGUCUUCUCGUUUAUCUAACUCAUGCCGAGAAACACGGUGUUCAAGUGAUAGGAAACCUGAAGAAAGGGUUGAAUCCUUUGUCUUUCGGUGAUUUGGUAUUUACGAAGCCGUAUAUCACAACGUCUCUGAAAACUGGCAUCAUCACUGGCAUUAUUGCUCUUGCCGAAGGAAUAGCAGUGGGGAGAAGCUUCGCAAUGUUCAAGCACUACCAUAUUGAUGGCAACAAAGAAAUGGUAGCCAUUGGGACCAUGAAUAUCGUUGGUUCUUGUUUUUCUUGCUAUCUCACAACCGGACCAUUUUCACGAUCAGCUGUUAACUUCAAUGCGGGAUGCAAAACAGCAAUGUCCAACGUUAUCAUGGCCAUUGCAGUUAUGCUUACGUUGCUGUUCCUAACACCAUUGUUCUAUUACACUCCCCUCGUAGUGUUGUCUGCAAUCAUAAUUUCUGCAAUGCUCGGCCUCAUUGAUUACGAAGCUGCCAUUCAUCUUUGGAACGUCGAUAAAUUCGAUUUCCUGGUGUGUAUAGGUGCAUAUGCCGGAGUUGUUUUCGCCAGUGUCGAGGUUGGCUUAGUCAUAGCGGUUGCAAUUUCAGUGGUGAGAUUGCUGCUGUUUGUUGCAAGGCCAAGGACCUCUGUUCUUGGGAACCUUCCAGAUUCCACCAUCUAUAGAAACGUUGAGCAAUAUCCAAAUGCAAACCAUGUUCAUGGUGUUCUUAUACUUGAGAUAGAUGCUCCAAUUUACUUUGCCAACUCAAGUUACUUAAGAGAAAGGAUAUCGAGGUGGAUUGAUGAAGAGGAAGACAAGUUGAAAGCAACAGGGAAAACUAGCUUACAGUAUGUUAUACUUGAUAUGACUGCUGUUGGUAACAUUGACACCAGUGGGAUAAGCAUGCUUGAAGAGCUCAAGAAAACUACUGAAAGAAGGGAGCUCAAGCUUGUAUUGGCCAACCCUGGAGCUGAAGUGAUGAAGAAACUAAACAAAUCCAAGUUCCUGGAAAACAUAGGUCAAGAAUGGAUAUAUUUGACGGUAGGAGAAGCCGUUGAAGCCUGUAAUUUCAAGCUUCAUACAUGCAAACCAGAGGAAUCACAGCCAUGGAACAAUGUUUAAGCUAAAUUAGUAUGGUUAUGCAACUGAGAAUCAGUAUGCAUAGCUUGCUUAGGCAUUGCUGAAUCAGUAGGAAAUUACCCGAAUUAUUAAAAGCUUAGAUGCUUUGUUCUAACAACCUGCAAAUUGUACGAUGAUAUACAUCUCGGCAGUGGGAUUUUUAACCCCCCAAAAAAAAAAAAAAAGAGUGCAUUUCAAUUCAAUGCUGUUUCCAACAA